GGCGAGGCAAGGGCGGGACGCGACACGCCGCCGCUCUCCCACCCUUUCCUGGGCCCCCAACCCCUACGCCCCGGGGCCCCGGCGUCCCCGAUCCCGCCCUCAGGCAAACUUUCCGAGGUCCCCGAAGGCUCGGAGAACCGGCGCCAUCGACGUACCUGAGGCCGAGGGGGCUCGGUCUUCAGGCCGGGGUCUAGCUCCCCGCUCCAAGGGCCAGGACGCCGAUCCUCAGCCCCGCCAGCCCGCCUUCUCCCCUCAGAAGCCGGGCCCGGCGAGUGGAGCCGGGACCUCGGCGCCGGCGAAAGGAGAAGUGGAAGUUGAGCGCGGCGCCCGGUCGGUCCCCGCGGCCGCCGGGGCCACCGUCCCCCUCCCUUCUUCCCUCCCUCCUCUCCUCCCUGCCCGCCUGCCCCCGCGGCCCCGCGCCCGUGACUCACCUCGGCGCCGGGGCAGGCUGGUCCGGGCGGGCGAGGCGCAGGGCUCUCCCACACGUCGCGCCGCCAAUGGCAAGUUGGAGGGCGAGAUGCAAAUACCAGGAGACGCAUUCUUGGUCUCAAAGGAGCCAGGCUGGAGAGUGGCUUUUCAGCGAAACCCACCCCUAGCACCCGAGACGCGACUCAGAGUUUCCAUUCCGCUGCCUGCGGGUCAAGAGGGCCAUCCCCAGAGAGGAAACGCUGCCCCUAAACCGCGAUCCCUGAGCUGGAGGCGAGCCUCCCCGAGCUCCGGGGGCCCGGGAGGCGGCCGGAGGGACCCUGAAGCACGCACCAGACGGCCUCACGCCGGGACGCUAUCGCAACAGGUCGGCUCUCCAGACUCUGCCGCCACUCGGGUGGGAGUGCCGGGCCCGAGGAGCAGUGGGGGUUGUGGCGGCCCCUCCCCACCCCCUUGCUCGACCCUCCGGCUCUGCACCCCCGGGAUUCCCGCGGGGACCGAGCUCCCCACCCCGAACCCCAGCAGCGCGCCCAGGGCGCCUCUACAGCGCCACCUGCAGGCGGAACGCGCGCCGCGCCGCGUCUCUGGCCGAGGCGGGAACUGGCGGCCGAGCGGGCGGAGGAGGAGACCGCGAGAGGUCCGUUCUCCUGGCCCGAGCGGUCCCCGUUCGCCAGCGGCUUCCUCGCUCCGUGCCGGCCCCGAGAGCCUGGUCAGUCCGAGCCCCGUCCCAUGCCCCGCCUGGCGCUCCGACCUUCCACUCCUGCCGCUGCAUCGGAGCGGCCUCCUCCCCCGGGCGCCUCUUCUCGGGAAGCAGUGAAGUCACACGGAGCCCGACCCGCUGACUCAUGAGAAUCCUCCCUCCUCUCCGGCAACACCCCUUGAAACUUCCCCUCAAUCCCUUCUUUCCUGCCCCUCCCCCCCCGUUCCUCGAACCCCGUCGGGCGAGCUGGGGCUGCUCCGGACUCCUGGGGUAGGACCCGGUGGGACAGCUGGGAGGCGAGUGGCGGACGGGAGUCCCCGCGGAGACCUCCGCGCUCGGCCCGCCUCGCCACGCCGCGCCGUUCUGGGGCGCACAGGGGAUGCCCCGGAGGGAAGCGCACGUUUGCAACUUUGAGCAGAACUCCCAUCAAAGUAUCCUUUUUGCAGUUAUCCACCUCGGGGCUUCAGGACUGGCUGGGGAGUUCACUUGGAAGCUGAGGUCUCUUUGGAACCUCUUGUGCCAAUGAACAGGCCAGCAUAUGGGCUGGCGCCACCAAGGGGACAAAUGUGGAGUGCUCUGAGCCUUGGGCCGCCCUCGACCCCUGCAUUAAGUCAAGCGGAUCCAUCGCUUGAGAGGCUGCUAUAGCCUUCCUCCAAGUUCCCUAGAACUUGGUACUGGCCCAGGCCAGGGUGAGGUGGGGGUGACUUUGAGGCCACCGAGUCCCUGUUUAAACCACCAGUCUCUGCCCCACCCCCGAACUGUGCUUCUAGUUUGAAGACUCCCACGCAGGGUUGCUUGGGAUAUUUGUCUCAAUAAAGGGGAGCCUCAGGCCCGGACGAGAGAAGGCUUCAAGCUGGAGGGGUUCUGCAGGUCUGCUCUGAAACACCUAAUACUCUCCUUUCCUUCUUGAGGGACAGAGUUCCUUAAACAUCCUUUUCCACCCAGCAAAUCAGGGGGCUGGGUUUUCUCUCCCUGUAUGCAGUUUCCUUUUGUCUCUGCUGUAAGAGCUGGGUGGUGAAACUUGCACACUUCCUGGCUCACUUGUCUCUGCACUUUGGGGCACAGCUUUGCCAAGGCCAUGGCCAAUGUGGAAAUGGCCAUGGACUGAGAGCAAAGGGGGUGUACAGGGUAGUCUUGGGCUUUGGGGCUUUAUGUGGAAUGAGGGGGGUUACUUGAUGCUGAGAACUAAUUAUCUCAGCAUCAAGUUGAAAGCUGCCUGGGUUAUGGUGGCUGUUUACCAGCCAGCUCUGCAGAGUGUGUUUGUUGGAGCUUGGGAGCCACAGAAUGGUUGGGUAGGAAUAUAUGUGCUAGGAUCAUGGCUGAGAAUAGUUUCACCACAGAGCCUUCCUGGGGAAAUUCUGGGCUUGAAGCCAGUCUUUUUUAGGGGCUAAAGGAUGUCACCUUGCAUGUUAAGGCUGUCAAACUCCCCAUGGAGAGCAAAUCAGGCAAGGAGCAAUGUCUAGGGGCCUAGGUCUAGAUGUAACUUGUUAGGUCAAAGAAAAAUCGUAACACUCAAACUAAAACAAACAAACAAACAAAAAGAACCUGUAAAUCAAGUUGGGCCAAAGGAACUGCAGAGGCAAAGUGGAGGAUGUUUGCCAAGGGCUUGGAGUCCCAUUAGCAUCUGCUCCUGACCUUCGAGAUGAAAGGCAACUGAGUCCACAGCGAGAUGAAGAAAGUCCUGGGCAAGCACCCGAGAGACUUUUCCAUACACAGGAGAUUAGAGCUGAGGGUGGAGGGGUGAUCUAGUCUGUUCCCCUCAUUUUACAGAUGAGGCUGCCAAGACCUAGGAAGACAGCUGCUCUGGGUGACUGGCAGAGCUGACACUCACAUCCUGAAAAGUGCUUUCUGCUGCGCACCACAGCUUUGGGGAGGGCGGCAGGGAGGGCUUACUGGGACCUGAAGAAGAAACAUGGGGAGAAGGAAAACAAGGAGGAAAGGAGGGGAAAUGAAGGGGCUGGGGAAAAGUGAAGAGGAGGAGGGGGAUCUCUUUGGGCAAGGAGACUGCCAGCUCCAUCCUCUGUAUGGGUAUAUUCUACAUACUCAUUUCAGUAGACAUUUGCAUGUUCUGUUCCUAGAGGUGAGUGAAGAGAACCAAGACUGCAGAGAGAACCAAGAUUUGGACAGAGCAAGAAGAACCUGGACUAGGUGGAAGCAGAACAAUAGCCAUCGGAGGAGUGACAAAGUUCCAGUGCAAACUCACAUCCUACUCCUUGCACUCCUGGUGCACCGAUCCUUCCUGUCCAGCUAUCUGUGUCCGCCGCUAGAUUAUAAAGCCACUGAGGGCAGGGACUGGAUAUUACUCAUCUUAUCUCGGGGCCGUGGCACAUGGCACAUGGUAGUUGCACAGUAUGUUUGCUAGCUGACCAAUAAAUCCAUUUAUGAGUGUCUG